GGCGCUCGCUCCCCGCCGAGCGCUCGCCGCCCGCCGGAGCCUGUGCCCGGGCGUGAGGUGGGAGGCGCUAGAAGCCACUUAGCUACAGCCUACCGCCCAAUGCAGCACUCGCUCGCUCCCCCCGCCAGCGGAAGCGCCCUCGAGGCACAAUGCAGCACUGAGGCAGCGGCGGCGGAGGCUGCAGCUUGGCUGCAGCUGCGGCAGCGGCGCGGACUGGGAGGGGGCGGCGGGGAGCGGAGCGCAGGGCGCGGGGAGCCCGCGGCAGCGGCAUGAGGAGCUGAGCGCUGCCACCAUGCAGGCAGCGCUGGCCGUGUCCUUUGGGCUGCUCUGCGCCCUGGGGACCUGCCCCCCAGCGCGCUGCGGCCAGGCAGGAGACGCCUCACUGGCAGAACUGGAGAGGGGCGAGGAAAACCGCUUCCUGGAGCGCCAGAGCAUCGUGCCACUGCGCCUCAUCUACCGCUCGGGUGGCGAAGACCAAACUCGGCACUACAAGCUCAACACACGGGUGCGGGGCGACCCUGGCGACCGACAGUUGACUCACGUUGACCAGGCAAGCUUCCAGGUCGAUGCCUUUGGAACAUCAUUCAUUCUUGAUGUCCUGCUAAACCAUGAAUUGCUAUCCUCGGAUUACAUAGAGAGACACAUUGAACAUGGAGGCAAGACUGUGGAAAUUAGAGGAGGAGAGCACUGUUACUACCAGGGUCAGAUCCGUGGAAACCCUGCCUCAUUUGUUGCCUUGUCAACAUGCCAUGGACUUCAUGGAAUGUUCUAUGAUGGGAACCACACGUUUCUCAUUGAGCCAGAAGAAAAUGAGACCUCUCAAGAGGAUUUCCAUUUUCACUCGGUUUACAAAUCCAGACUGUUUGAAUUUCCCUUGGAUGACCCUCCAUCUGAAUUUCAACAAGUAAACAUUACUCCACCAAAACUUAUUUUGAAGCCAAGACCAAAAAGGAAUAAACGGCAGCUUCUUCGAUAUCCUCGUAAUGUGGAGGAGGAAACCAAAUACAUAGAACUGAUGAUUGUGAACGACCAUCUCAUGUUUAAAAAGCAUCGGCUUUCUGUUGUACACACCAACACCUAUGCGAAGUCUGUGGUGAACAUGGCAGAUGUGAUAUAUAAAGACCAACUGAAGACUAGGAUAGUAUUGGUUGCCAUGGAAACUUGGGCUGCUGACAACAAGUUUGCCAUAUCUGAAAACCCACUGAUCACGCUACGUGAGUUUAUGAAAUACAGACGGGAUUUUAUCAAAGAGAAAAGUGAUGCAGUACAUCUUUUCUCGGGAAGUCAAUUUGAGAGUAGCCGGAGCGGGGCAGCUUAUAUUGGUGGGAUUUGCUCGUUGCUGAAAGGAGGAGGCGUGAAUGAAUUUGGGAAAACUGAUUUAAUGGCUGUUACACUUGCUCAGUCAUUAGCUCACAAUAUUGGUAUAAUCUCAGAUAAAAGAAAGUUAGCAAGUGGUGAGUGUAAAUGUGAGGACACAUGGUCUGGAUGCAUAAUGGGUGACACCGGCUACUAUCUCCCUAAGAAGUUCACUCAGUGUAAUAUUGAAGAGUAUCAUGGCUUCCUGAAUAGUGGCGGUGGGGCCUGCCUCUUCAACAAACCUUCCAAGCUUCUGGAUCCCCCAGAGUGUGGCAAUGGCUUCAUUGAAACUGGAGAGGAGUGUGACUGUGGCACCACUGCGGAAUGUGCCCUUGAAGGAGCAGAGUGUUGUAAGAAAUGCACCUUGACCCAAGACUCACAAUGCAGCGAUGGUCUCUGUUGUAAAAAGUGCAAGUUUCAGCCCAUGGGGACUGUGUGCCGGGAAGUAGUGAAUGAUUGUGAUAUUCGUGAAACAUGUUCGGGGAAUUCAAGCCAGUGUGCCCCUAAUGUGCAUAAGAUGGAUGGAUAUUCAUGUGAUGGUGUUCAGGGAAUUUGCUUUGGAGGAAGGUGUAAAACCAGAGACAGACAAUGCAAAUACAUCUGGGGGCAAAAGGUGACAGCAUCAGACAAAUACUGCUAUGAGAAACUGAAUAUCGAGGGGACUGAGAAGGGUAACUGUGGAAAAGACAAAGAUACAUGGAUACAGUGCAACAAACGGGAUGUGCUUUGUGGUUACCUUUUAUGCACCAAUAUUGGCAAUAUCCCACGGCUUGGAGAACUUGAUGGUGAAAUCACAUCCAUGUUAGUUGUGCAGCAGGGAAGAACAUUAAACUGCAGUGGUGGGCAUGUUAAGCUUGAAGAAGAUGUUGAUCUUGGCUAUGUGGAAGAUGGGACACCUUGUGGUCCUCAAAUGAUGUGCUUAGAACACAGGUGUCUUCCUGUGGCUUCCUUCAACUUCAGCACUUGCUUAAGCAAUAAAGAAGGCAGUGUUUGCUCAGGAAAUGGAGUUUGCAGUAAUGAGCUGAAGUGUGUGUGUAACAGGCACUGGGCAGGUUUGGACUGCAGUACCCCCUUCCCUCACAGUGACGAUGGAAAGGCUGGCAUCACACUGUCUGGCAACGGUGUUGCUGGCACCAAUAUCAUAAUAGGGAUAAUUGCCGGCACCAUUUUGGUGCUGGCCCUCAUAUUAGGAAUAACUGCCUGGGGUUAUAAAAACUAUCGAGAACAGAGACAGUUACCCCAGGGAGAUUAUGUAAAAAAGCCUGGAGAUGGCGACUCUUUUUAUAGCGACAUUCCUCCUGGAGUCGGCACAAACUCAGCAUCUAGUUCUAAGAAGAGGUCAAAUGGACUCUCUCAUUCCUGGAGUGAAAGGAUUCCAGACACAAAGCAUAUUUCAGACAUCUGUGAAAAUGGGAGACCUCGAAGUAAUUCCUGGCAAGGUAACCUGGGAGGCAACAGAAAGAAAAUCAGAGGCAAAAGAUUUAGACCUCGAUCUAAUUCAACUGAGAGGGAGCCCCAAGCACCUGAGCCUGGGCACUCCCUCGCCCAGACAAUCCCAUCCCAAGGCAUAAGUUCAGGGGGCUCUGACAGCCCCCAGACAGGGAGUCUGGAUCACAGCUCCCAAGAUGGUCAACGUCAGGAGUACAGGACUCUGUCUCCUGCCAAGUCUCCUUCUUCAUCAACUGGAUCUAUUGCCUCCAGCAGAAAAUACCCUUACCCAAUGCCCCCACUCCCCGAUGAGGAGAAGAAAGCCAACCGACAGAGUGCCAGGCUAUGGGAGACAUCCAUUUAAGAACAGCUGUUUACAUGUGACACAUCGAAACUGUUUACUUCAACUUUUAUAGAAAUCCAGCCUCACAGAAUCAUUGCAAAAUCUAUCUGCUCUUCAGACAAUUCGAAGACCCUUUGAGACGCCAGAGGAGAGGACACCACGGGUCAUACCUGGAUACCAUUUUCUUUUUGUCAUUGGCUUAGGAUUUAACCAAACCAUGAAAAGAACUAAUGAAAUGUUACACUACAACAUGGAACCAUUUAUGGUCUGGCACUGGAUAAUCCGCAUGACAGAUAUAUGUAGAAUAUCAACAAAAGUAACUCACAUGACCCAAAUGUAGCAAGUUUUCCUAAGGGACAGUAGUGGAUUCAGAGCCUGGCAUUCUGAAACACAUCUUCAUUAUAAACAGUAAUGCCAUAUGCAUGAAGCUUCUGUUUAUUGUUUUCCAUAUACAAGGAAACAACAUCUCAUGAUAGAAACUAGCAUGCAGGGCUAAGGCAUAUAGGACUUUUUUUCAGGACUAUAAAGCUUUGAGAAUCAAUAUCCCAUAUGCUAACUUUAAACACCUAUUUUUAUUUUUUUUUUACUUUUCAUAUUUAUAUCAGCAUACAAGGACAACUGUACAUAUGUAAACAUUUUUAAAAUUAAAAAAGCAACUGUUACACAUAAGUGUAUUUUGCCAAAUGCCUAAAAACAGUCAGUCACAAUCAUAUCAUUGUUCUCCAUCCAGUGGUCUUCAGAGUAUAAGCAGAUGAUGUUGUAAAUAUAGUGGUCAAUGCUGUAAAAAUGUCUCUUCAUAAUUGGUAUUUGUCUAAAACAUGUAAUUUCCCUUUAAACUGUGUACAGUCUGGAGGCAGUUUUAUUGAGUAAUUAGUUAAGAGAACAAAAUGCCCAGCCAAACUUCUGGACUUUCCAUCUUGCUGAAUGUAGGAAUCCAGGUGUGUGGUGGCCAUGCAGCCUCAGGACACUAUGGGGCUCUUAGGAAUCAGCCAGCCCAUCUGCUCUAUGUCACCAGUGUCACAUAAGCUGUUCUCAGUCCCAGGACAUAUCCUCUAGUCUUAUCUGGAGGCCAUGGAUUCCUCCCUCCCCUCCACAAUGUAUCUUGCUGAGAUUGAGCAGGUGCCCCAAAGACCCAGAGCCCAGAGUGGGUAGCUUCCAUCUUGCCAAUAUGUGAAUGCUUUCUGGCCUGAAGUUUUGGUUCCUUGAUAAAAUCAUUUCAGUCAACCUUAUCUGUGAAAGGAAUGACUUGUUUUCACAACAGCAACAUUCACACAUUUAUCAUCACUGGGAUGUAAGUUGAAACAGGUCAUUCUGACUGGCUUUGAAACAAGAGGAUGGAUGUUUUUCCUGUCCAAGGUGGGAAGCCUCAACAGGGCAUAAUGGGUUAAAGCUACAGAGAUGCAGUAACUGCAAAGUUAUACCAUUAGCUGGCAAGGAAAAUAGUCUGUUUUGAGCCUUAUUUAUUUUAAUCCAUUGAAAAGAAUGAGGAUUCUGUGUGAAUGUCUGCUUGUUUAAAAUAAAAGUUUAAAAGCUGCUUUAAUGCAGUUCUGUCAUUUUAAAAAAAGCCACUGUAGUGAGGUCUGAAAUUGAUAGACUCAAACACAUAGUCUGCUCUGGUCUACUUCUGACUCCCUUUUUCUCCUUACUGCCUCUCAAGAGGAAUGGAGUCAUCAGACAAGAACUCAGAAAUGCCCUUUGCAUUUGAUUUCUUCCCACAGUGUCCAGGAACACAAUUUGUUUCAUCUCUAUGUAGAAUCAAGUUAUAUGACCAAACCAGGGGCCAAGUUAGAAGGCAGUGUUAGAGUCUCCUCAUUUCUGCAAUGGACCUCUCUUCUGAAACCACUUUAAUCAUACAAAAUUACACAGUGAAAAACAGCAUUUUUCUCAUAACAGGAAAGGAUAUGGUUACUGAUGCCUCAGUAAAACAGUCCAUCAGACAAGGGUUUAGGUGAGUGUUGGGCAAUGUGUCCAUGUAUCUUAAACUAAAGACAGAAGGGCAGACAGAUAAAAAGAUGUAGCAAGUGAAGUGACUUUUUACCAAGAUCACUUUAAGUGUGCACUGAAUGUUUUCUGGUAUUGAGUAUAUAAAAGGCUAAUGUAAUAUAAGGUUUAUUUUGACUACAAGAGUUUAUAGCUUUGAAUGAAAGGUGCCUCGUGUAAAUAUGCCUUGUAGUUAUAGUUACAUAAGCCCUAACUUGGAAAGAAUCCACAAUGGCUAGCUAGUCUGCUAGUUUUCUGUACCUAUCUAUCUAUCUAUCUAUCUAUCUAUCUAUCUAUCUAUCUAUCUAUCUAUCUAUCUAUCUGUCUUUCCUCACUUCCUCAACUAAAUUUACCUGAAAUUAUUAUUGAAAACUAAAAUCUUUAUCAUGUGCCUUUUGGGAGAUAUAGUUGCUCUAGUCUGAAAUCAUCCUCAUAUGAAACUGAAUGAAAAGGUUUUGCUUAAUUUGCAGAGAUUAUGAUUUCAGAACUAUAAUAGCUUUAAUGUUCUAGCCUGAGUAUCUAUCUCCCAUUAUUAAACAUUCUUAGAACCAUUUGUUGAACUGACAAACCUUAGUAUAGAUGUAGUUUCAAGAAGCAUCUAUUGGUAGACUUACAGUUGAUGUUGUAGAGUAUUUGAUCUAAAUACACAAUGACUUUUCAUUCACGGAAGUAGAUAGUAUGGACUCAUGGCACCAAAUACAAGCACAGUAAUUACUUCUUUUUAAAAUAUUUGUUUUGAAGAGAAACUUUGAAUUUACAUAGCAGUUUUGAGUCAUGAAACUAAUAUUCACAUUUCCCAGUCCAUUGUGGACUCAUUUGCCGAGAAGGGCAGGAAUUUGGCCUUUAUGUUCAUUGUAUACCUUUUCUCUUGGCAUAGAUAGAGAAGCAGAGUGAUAGUCUAGAUGCCCGAGAUAGUCUAUUUAUCCAGUCAGAAUGCGUCCUGGAUAAAGGAACAUUGAAGACUUUCUACUGAGUCACCAGGAGAGGUCUAGGGUAACCUAAAGUCCUUAAGUAAUGGACUGUCCAGACUUACUGUUCCCAGCCACUUCCUUUAGUUGGGAAUUGAAAUUCUCCUGUAGAGUUAGCAAGCUAGAAAAUGUUCUCUAGUCACAUGCAGUCUGUGGAAAGAGAGAAAUCAAUACCUCUCAAAUAGUACAACAUGAGGGCUCUCAAUGUGCUGUAGUUGCUGUAUUUGUGAAAAAUAAAAAAACAAAAAUCUCAGCACCUCAAUUAGGUGGUAACUGAGGAAUACCCUAUCCCUAGAAUUGUUCCUUAAAAGAAAUACUGGCUGAUAGAAAAUAAGGGAUUAAGAUGCCUACUUAUCACUUUGAUACUAGUGCUUUAUUAAAUGAUGCUAGUUUUUUUUCCCCCCUUCUUGAUUUACAAGGCUUAUAAAAUUGUGUUUGCACUUAGAAUUCCGGCAUAGAAUUUCUGAACGGAAGAUUGAUGAAGUUUCUAAAAGAAGGAACUGUGAAGAUAAAAUUAGAUAUUCUGUGCCCUCCCAGAGAAAGAGGACUCCUGUUUGAGUUCCAUGACAAGCUUGCAUUUCUUUCUUCUCUGUUGAUUCCUUACAUGUCUGCUUAAUUUCAUCCUGUCUACUGUUCUAGACAGUAGACCUUCUGUGGCUACUUUCCCUGUUGACCCUCUCAGAUUUUGUUCUUUUUACAGUUAUAUUUGAGUCAGAGGAAGUGUGAUCUUUCUACUCACUUUUAGUAUUUCAAUAUCAAGUUUGUUCAUUGGUUUUUUUCACCACAUCAUUUUUCUUUUGUUAUAUAGAUCUAUCUUAACCUUAAACUUACACAGUACUUUUGAUAUUUCCUUGUGGUUUUUCAAUAUAAUAAGUCCUUACCUGAAAGAAAGAUUAUUUCUCUUUUACUUAAAUGUAAAGGAAAAGAAGGUUACUUGGCAGUUUGCAGUAUAUGGGAAGAGGAGAACAGAGUUUGGAAUUGACAGGAGUAAGAGGCAAGACACCUGUCUGAGCAGCCUGAUAGGGCCCCACCAGCUGCUGAGACUGGAUGCCCUGCACCGGGCAGACUGUAACUGUCAUCUAAUCAGUGACAAGGUGGCCUGAACUUUGAAACACUUAGAGUCCCAUUUGCAGCAUAUUGUCUCCUUUUUGUGUUCCUCAUGGUCUGUUUCUUUUCACUUUGCUUUCUUUUACAACUGUUACCUAUGUUCCCUCCUUAGAGUCAAAAUGAAUUUUUCAUUCCCAUUCCAGCUUUAUAUAAAAAGCAAGCAUUUCUUUGGAACAGGGCUCAAUUGGAGGCUCAAAGAUUUAUUCCUGCUCCACCCCCGAGGUAUUUAAAACUCUUCUGAUUUUAGAUGCAGUGUCUUUUCUCCUGGCAUCAGAACUAAGGACUUAGGUGAACAGCUUUCCUUUUAUUGUAUUGUAAGGCACGCAGUUGGUAGUUGUGAACAUUGGCUGAGGUAGCAGCCCAUUCGGCUGUGUGUGAGCUGCAUGCUGUUAGAGUGUACCCGCAGGGAGCUCUUAGCACUUGCUCAGAGCAUAUACUUUGGGGGGCCAGCACUUUUAGCUCUAAGGGUUUUCCUACCACACCUGUAGGUGCAGAGCCAAGAUGCAGCAAGACUUAGAAAACAGCAGGUAGUAUUUCCAUUUCCAUUCCCAUUCAUUGUUUUGUCAGUCCCCAGUAUUGAGCAUCUAAAAAUCUGUAAACAGAAAGUCAAAACUUAAAAGACCUGCAUCGUUUGUAUUUCUGCUUUUCAUAUGCAUGGCCUAAGAAGACAUUAUCUUCACUAUGGGGUUCUAUGGAUGCUUCCAGAGUCUUCUUGCUUCCAAAGUAUCUGCUCUCUCCUGAUUAGAAACAUCACCUAUCAUGGAGGCCAGUGCUUUCUUUGGCUUAAAUGGAAACUGGGAGAACAGCAGUACAGAGCAGGGAUGGGGUCUUUAAUUUUCUUUUGACAUGCCCGCAUGGAUUAUGCAACUUGGAAAAUGACUAAGGGAUGGGUCUCAGGGUGUAAAUCUCAGGAAGGGGCUAAGCAGAAGAUAGCUUUGGGAGAUCCUGGGAUGUUUAGUCCUGGCAUUAGGCGUACAGUGGAUAUUCACAUGAAAUGUGCAGAAGAGUUCAAGAAGGUCACAGGGACAUGUCAGAGGGAAAAGGUACUGGGUGACUAAAGCAGACUUGUGUGUGUUGCUGUUUUCUAGAGCAUUAGUGCUAGCUAUACUUAUUUCACUGUCCAGUGGUGUGUUACUGCUAUAGUGUCCAUAGACUGUAUCACACUGGCAGAGGCUUCAGGAAUGACAAGGGUUCUGAGCAGGGGCAGCAUCAUCUCACAUCUCUAAGUGUCCUUGGAGCAAAAUGUGUUUUGUUCUGAUUCAUUUUACAAAAAAGGCAUACAAUGAGACUAGACAAUCUUGUUAAUAUAAUUCACACACAGACCAUCAGUUUCUGUUUUUGAAAAACAGGUUAGUUUUCCUCUGAAUAUCUCCAUAUAUAUAUACAUACAUAUAUAUAUAUCUCCAUCUGCACCUAAUUUUAAGACAUUUCAGAAUACGAUUUACUUUGAUGGUUAAGUUUUAAAAAUGAUACAAAAUAGCCCAAAUCUUUAAAUAUAGAGGUGCUAAGUUUUAUCAGAUAACACAAUACAGAAAGAGCUGAAACGAACUCAUACACUUAGGAGUAACACAAAGUUCCUGUUAAAUUAUACAUGUGUAUCACUGCCUGAUUUGAAACCCCACUUUUCAUUUUUAAUCCGGCACAGUAUCAAACUGUGAUACUGCAACUAGUCUUUUUAAUGGGUACAAAUAACCCAACACCUUUGUUUUUUUUUAGAAGCUUUUUUUUUAAACACUAACUGCAAAAGUGCUUAGUAAGUUUAUACAGGAAACAAAGCAUGUACUUUUUUUUUUUUUUUAACUUGUUGGAAGAUUUGCCAUCCAAACUAGCAUUUCCAAAAGAUGAUUUUCAGAAACUGCUUGUUUCAGCCCACCAAAGCAGUUCAUACGCUGGUCAGCAUUAGGCCUAUGCCAGUGUUCCCCACAUCCAUUGCCUUUGAGAUGCGAUGCCCAUCUGCAGACAGACAUCACCCCAGGAGGAAGUGUUACAGCAACAGCUUUUUGAGUAAGUAGGUACUCAUGUGUAGAUACUUCGAUUUGCAUUGUUUUAACCUUUCUCUCCUAGUCUGCACUUCAAGUUCUUACGCUAUUUUCAAAAUCACUGGGUUUUGGCAAACACCAAUAGAAAUGUAUAUGGCAAUUGCUUUCCUGAGCAAGCGUGAUUUGUUUUAUGGCUGUUCGAGUUAUAAAAUUGUUCUUACAUUGUAGGCAAACAAAAUCUUGCUGUUUUUAAAGGUUGCUAUAACUUGAGAUUCAAAUUUCUGGCACAAUUUUAGUAUUCACUUCUGAAGCUAAUAAGAUAACAGAGUUUUCUAUGUUAUUCUCAUUGUUAACAUCAAUAAAGUGACUUUCAAUAAAAGAUUUAUGUUAUUUUGA